GACAACGAAGAGCCCGACCUCAGAGGAUGCAUCGACGGGCUUCAACGUCUGCCCCUCCGCUCAGCGGCAGAGCUGAGAGAGAUGAACCACGUGGCCGCUGACUUCUACCUCGUGCCAGGCAGCGCUUGGGCGUUUCGGAAGUCGAUGGCAGCGGGCCGCCGCUGCGGGGACCUAGUCAAGGAGAGAGGCAAGGGGCGCCUGCUCGGACCACCAGGCAUCCACGCGGGGCUGGCGCUCAUGGAGGGCAUCCAAGAGAUAGUGUUGCCGAACGACUUCCUGAUGCUGGUGGACGACAACAACGUCUACAGUCAAGCCACGGUCGCGGGGGCGAUCGAGAUGUGCAAGGUCAGCGAGAGCAGCGAGGCCCGCAACAAGAAUAACAGGAACCCGAACGAGGACGAGCUGCAGCCCUGGGAGGAGGGAUCGGGCAACAUUCAGAUCGGCAUCAACGAGACCCCCAACUUUAGAGCAGCGCCCCCGAAGGACACGAACGAGGAGACCAUGGCGAAGCUGGACAAGCUCUCGGGCGACGACCUGAAGGGG